CAUCGCACAGCAGGUGACAGUGAGAGGAUUGCCCUGACACUUACACUGUCACACAGCCUAUAUGAUCACGUUCAUCCCCGACAACUCCAGAUGUUGCCAGAUGUCUGUUUUCGAAGAUUAAUUAUACACCAAGUACGUCCAUCAUUGAUGCACACAGAGGACUUCCAUUAUUCUGUCGCCCACACGCCAACAGAAGACGCCCUUCAACGUAUGGAGAACAAUUCAUGGACAUUUAAUGUUUAAACAAGAAGAUAGUAAGGAAGAUUCACAUCAGUGAUAACUUGCUCUUUGUUCCGUCAAGGAUGGCCAGGUGAUGGGAGAACUGUCCGACGAUUAUCUCUGACCCGUGUGUGUAUUUGAAUACAAACUGUGGCAAGUCGACAUUAUAUUUUUUCAUCUGUGAACUUUUGUAUAGAUACACGUGAGUGAAGGCAAAGGGACCAAUAGAACACUGGAAGAUUAACUAUUUCUUCAUAUGACGUCACCGUAUUUGUGCCGUUAAUGGAUGUCCUUGUCCGAGAAUGGCGACACGAGAGAUUGCAACUGGAACCGUCUCCAGCGGUCCACAUAUUGACUACCCAACUGUUGUGAUAGUGUUUACAAUAUUGCAGGCUGUUGUGAUGGUGGUGGCGUCGUUUGGCAACCUCAUGGUGAUCGUCGCCUUUGUGCGUUACAUGGACUUGCGGCGCGCCACCAACAAGUUCAUCAUCAACCUUGCAAUAUCCGAUCUUCUCACGGGUCUCGUCAUGGUGUACCAGAUCACUUCCUUCUACGUUCCCGCCAUGAGCCGCCAUCUUGUCUCGUGUCUACUACAGUUCCAGACGAUAUCAGUGUUCACGCUGUCGUCUCAACUCAGCGUCACCUUCUGCACCAUCGACCGCUACAUCGCAAUCUCCAUCCCCUUCAAGCACGACGCCAUCAUGUCCCCCCGCAACACCGCCAUCAUGAUCAGCGUCCCGUGGGUGUACGGAAUCAUUAUUGGCGCCCUCCCCUUCAUCGGCGUCAACAACUGGACCGACGGUUCAGCCUGCAUAUACGAACUGGUCGUCACACCCGCCCAACUGUACAUAUCUGCCCUCACCACGUGGUCACAGACGAUACCGUGUUUCAUCAUGUAUGGGAUAAUAUUCAAGGUGGCUUGGGACAGAAAGAAGCGGAUUCGACCCACGAACAGAGUAUUGGUUCACCGAAUCGAAGUCCACUCGAGUGUCAUGAUGGGGAUUGUCACAGUAGCCUUCACGGCGUGCUGGCUGCCAUACAGUGUCACGACCUUUAUGCAGGCGCUCAACUUUAACCCCACAGUGUCCUUCGUGGGCAACUGUCUGGUGUUCGUUGGAGUAGCGCACAGCAUUGUAAAUCCCUUCAUUUACGCAUGGCAGAAGCGAGAGUUCCGUCGCGCGUGUGGUCGUCUGCUGUGCCCGAUGUCGUCUGCUCGGCGUAAUCAACAACCUCGCGUGAAAACCAUCAGUCAUCAAUCGGACAGAUCUGAUGCGACAUGAUGGAGAACCGACAAGUGAGUGGGUGUUAACGGUGAUCUAGAUAUGUGUGUGUGCACCCGUCGCCCACAGACUGAACAUACUGGAUGCACAUGGCCGGAGCGGUUCCUGCAGGAACCUAGUGACCAUCGGCCAUUAAAAGGUCAACCUGAGUUCAGGUGUGGCCCUAUUCUAUAAGCUCCUAGAAGCAGCCAAGUACACUGAGUGUUUGUUUACAUGUAUCCACUUCCUUUAAAUUUAUCAUAUAUUAAUACUAGAUGCAUUGGUAGAACCUCUGUCACACAGGGACGACCAUUGGACAAUCGAGUGGAUGGACCUGAUAUUUGUCGUUUUACUUACAGAAUUUACUGAAAAAUCUGAUUUGAUUCAUGUAUUAAACAGUUGUUCAGCUUCUCCGUUAGGAACACAAGUUGUGUCUCGAAGCAGACAGAACCAGGCUAUUACAUGUCGGCCCCGUACAGGAGCUAGUACGACUGAAGUGGUUGUAAGAUGUGGCCGUUUAAACAUUGGCUGUCUGGGCACGGUGACACGUGUUGCCGCCGAGGUCUACCCAACAUGUUCUCCUGCUGUCUUCUAAGAUCUAUUUCAGUCAAUCUAGGACCCGUAGCAAUGGAAACGUCGUCACUUGAAUUCCCACACCAGUGAGGUGACACCUCUUUGCCAUCUCUACAAGCCUUGGUUGUCUGUGUUAAGUGUCAGUAUAAUUAUAUCUACCGCAUGGGGUUACCGCAUGGGGUUGUCACGCCGUAUAAGGGUCCGUAACUCGCUGUGCGGAGUUGCUUCCCUUAGUUGUUCCAGAAUUAUGAGACUUGCUUUUGUCAGACCCAUACCCGUGCUCCUUGGUAUCCCCCAAAUCGUAACAAUCUAAGACCUAUAUAAUUUCGGGCUACCCUUCCACAUUAAACUGCCACGCUGAGACAUGACUGACAUACUUUUGAAAUCGCGUAUAACCUCACCUCACACACUAACUAUGUCAAGAUCCGGGUGAUAAUGGGUCUUCAGCAACCCAUGAUUGUCGUAAGAGGCGACUAACGGGAUCGGGUGUCAUGCUCGCUAAGAUCGCUUUAUGGAACGGGGCGCAGGUGUAUAUAGCUGUAUAACCGUACAAAAACAACAUAAUUCAGAUCGACAUUUGACAUGUAUAUUAUUCGUAUAUGUGGUAGGUCCAGCGUGGUAGAAAAUUCCAGGGUUUACUUAUAAAGGGAUAAACUUUGAUUCUACUGCUCAAGUGUCCACACAAUUGACAGGAACACUGUAUACAUAGUAAGUGUUUGAUUGUUGUUUAACGCCGCACUCGAUUAUUUACAGACCGCCGUCAUAUAGCUGGAAUACUGCUGAGUGCGGCGUUAAACAACAAUCAAACACUUAUAGUGUUCCUGUCAUUCCAGGUACUCCAGUGAUUGCCAUCAUGAGCAUCGUACCACGCUAUUGGGGUCGAGUUUUACAACUAUUUUCCCACAAGAUUGACGAAAAAGAUCACAAUUAUCCUGGGAUUAGAAGCCAGAAUAAAUAAAAAUACGCAUUGACUUUCGUUUUCUUUUAAUCCUAUCAUUUUCAGUCACUGGGCGUUGAAAUAGACCACACAUAUGUUUGAAAUUCGUUAUCAUAAUAUAAUUAAUGGAAAAUAAUUGGAAAAUGAAAAUUUCAGUCAUUUUAGUUAUACAUGCUCUUUUGUG